AUGAGGGGAGAGAACGCGAGCAGCGUCCGGGAGUUCAUCCUCGUGGGCUUCCCCACAGCCCCGCGGCUGCAGCCCCUGCUCUUCCUGCUCUUCCUCCUGGCCUACGUCUUCGUCCUGGCGGAGAACGCCACCAUCGUGCUGGUGGUGUGGACCAGCGCGGCCCUCCACAAGCCCAUGUACUACUUCCUGGGCAGCCUGUCCUUCCUGGAGGUCUGCUACGUGUCGGACAUCCUCCCCAAGCUGCUGGACGCGCUCCUGUCCGGGCGCAGGAGCAUCUCGUUCGCGGGCUGCAUGACGCAGCUCUACUUCUUCAGCGCUCUGGUGUGCAGCGAGUGCGUGCUCCUGGCCUCCAUGGCCUACGACCGCUACGUGGCCAUCGGGCACCCGCUGCGCUACCCGGCCGUCAUGACGCCGGGCCUCUGCGCGCGCCUGGUGGCCUUCUCUUUCGGCAGCGGCUUCGGCGUGUCCGUGAUCAAGAUCGCCUUCAUCUCGCGCGCCACGUUCUGCGGCUCCCGCGUCCUGAACCACUUCUUCUGCGACAUCUCGCCCAUCCUGAAGCUGGCCUGCGCGGACUUCUCCACGGCCGAGCUGGUGGACUUCGUGAUGGCCUUCAUCAUCCUGGUCUUCCCCCUGGUGUCCACCGUGCUCUCCUACGGGCACAUCUGCGCCGCCGUGCUGCGGAUCCCCUCGGCCGGCGGUCGCUGGAAAGCCUUCUCCACCUGCGCCUCCCACCUCAGCGUGGUGGUCAUCUUCUACACGGCCAUGAUCUUCAUGUACGUGCGGCCCCAGGCCAUCGACUCCCGGAGCUCCAACAAGCUGAUCUCGGCCGUCUAUACGGUGCUGACUCCCAUCGUGAACCCCCUCAUCUACUGCCUGAGGAACCAGGAGUUCAAGGGCAGCUUCCGGAGGAGCUUGCGCAUCUCCCUCCAGCGCUAG